CCCGGUGGUACCGGCUGUGGAGCGGCAGUGCCUGCGCAGCUGGUGGCGGCAGGCGCGGAGGCGGCGGCGUUUCGCCCCCCCCUUGAUGUGAGGAGGAGCGCGGCCCAGAGUUCACAAUGACGAAUGAAGAACCUCUCCCAAAGAAGGUUCGCCUUAGUGAAGCAGAUUUUAAGGUUUUACCUAGAGAUGAGCUUAUCCUAAGGUGGAAACAGUAUGAAGCAUACGUGCAAGCUCUGGAGGGCAAGUACACAGACCUUAACUCUAAUGAUGUGACGGGGUUGAGAGAAUCAGAAGAGAAGUUGAAACAGCAACAGCAAGAGUCUGCCCGAAGAGAAAAUAUUCUGGUGAUGAGGCUGGCAACUAAGGAACAGGAGAUGCAAGAGUGUACUAAUCAGAUUCAGUACCUCAAGCAAGUCCAGCAGCCUAGCGUUGCCCAACUGCGAUCAACAAUGGUGGACCCAGCCAUCAACUUGUUUUUCCUAAAAAUGAAAGGUGAACUGGAACAGACUAAAGACAAACUGGAACAAGCCCAAAAUGAACUGAGUGCCUGGAAAUUUACGCCUGAUAGCCAAACAGGGAAAAAGUUAAUGGCGAAGUGUCGAAUGCUUAUCCAGGAGAAUCAAGAGCUUGGAAGGCAGCUGUCCCAAGGACGUAUUGCACAGCUUGAGGCAGAGUUGGCUUUACAGAAGAAAUAUAGUGAGGAACUUAAAAGCAGUCAGGAUGAAUUGAAUGACUUCAUCAUCCAACUUGAUGAGGAGGUAGAGGGUAUGCAGAGUACCAUUCUAGUUCUUCAGCAGCAGUUGAAGGAGACUCGCCAGCAGCUGUCACAGUAUCAGCAGCAGCAGUCCCAGGUCGCCAACCCAGGUACCAGCAGGACUCCAUCUUCUGAGCCUACAGACCAGGGAGAGGCUGUGGGUAAAGACUGCAGCCGCCUGGCAAACGGACCAAGCAAUGGUAGCUCCUCCCAUCAGCGGACGUCUGGGCCUGGAUUUUAUAGGGAGGGUAGCGGCACAGAAGAUGACUUCACAGCUUCUCCAGGGAAUGGUAAUAAGCUGUCCAACCACUCUGAAGAUAGAACUGGUAGAGGAAGUGGUAGCUACAUAAACCAACUCAGUACUGGGUAUGAAAGUGUAGACUCUCCCACUGGCAGUGAAAACUCUCUCACUCACCACUCAAAUGACACAGACUCCAAUCAUGAUCCUCAAGAGGAGAAAACAGUGAGCAUGAAAGGUAACAGAACUGUGGGUUCUCGUCAUGUCCAGAAUGGUUUGGACUCCAGUGUAAAUGUGCAGGGUUCAGUUUUGUAACAUUUUUCUGCAGAAUUUUUAUACAGUGUCAUUGAAACUGGGAGAGGAUACUGUCCAGAAGCCGUUUAAAUUAGUGCAUACUUGUCACAAUUUUGCCUUUUUGUGGGUUUCUUUUUGCUUCAAUACCUCUGCCACUUUGGAAAUUUUAACAGUUAAUUACGUUGAAUGUUGCUAAAAGGACGUUUGUGUAGCUCAAGUUAUUUUUAUAUGAGUUAAUGUGAAGUUGAAAUGGAAAUUAUUUCCAUAAAGUAUAACAUAAAUGAUGUCUGUACAAAUCUGUGUAUAUCUAGAACCUGUGCUGUGUAAGGGCAUUCUUACUCAUACUGUUAUACUUACACCACCUUCAAGAUUUGUCAUAAUAGCUGUGGGUUUAUGACUGCCAAGUUUGCCCAGUACAGUAGUUUUAUCACUAAAAAGAAGGACUUACUGAAGGAGUCCUAUAGUAGUUUCAGUGUUAAUUACAGUUUUUCCCACCAUACAUCUGUGCAUUUUCUCCUUAGGUGACCGAAUGUUUAUUAAUUGUGUGCAUAGUUACUCAGUUUUUAAGAACUGUUGUAUCCUGUUGAUGCAUAUUGCUCUGUGACUCCAAUAUUAUCUUACCUGUACUGACCAAACCUAAAUAAAAACUUUUAAUAAUGUAA